AUGAGUGAAAAGGGAAGGCUGACAAGAAUGUAUAUGCCGUUUUAUGCGGCAUGUGGCUUUACGGCUACUGGAUUCAUUCUUUUCCUUUUCUCCUUCUCAAGCCCAUACUGGCUUGAAUCAUACGAUUAUAGGGAAGUGGAACACUACGAAGCGGUUGAAGGCCAGUUUGGGGCGCGAUCUGUAGCCGCUGGCACCUACUUGACCGGACGACAGCCCUCUACGCUAUUCACUCGCAGCGUCUAUGGCAAUCAGCCUCGCAUGGGCGGUGGUGUUGUUGUUAGCGUUCCAGCUCCUGGUGAUGCACCGACCCAGACUGUUGAAAUUGGAACCGCAAACUUUUACUCGGGCAGUGGACCUACGGGCAGCCAGUUAAGUCCUCUCAGGGAAGAUCCCUUGACAGAUGACAGGACUCUUGGGGAUCAAGGCAGUGGAACGUACGCCUCAAGUGAAAACACUGGCACGCACCAGCAGCUAGGUCGGGGACAGUAUUCGAACAACGAUACACCUACGCAUUCACUGCUCUAUGGUUAUCACAGAGGUCAAGUCUAG